AUGAUCAAGAAACUGGAGAUCGUGAGAGUCCAACCGGCAAGAGGAGCAGGAAGGCUGGUCGAAUACUCAAAAGUCUUGACAAAGUUCAUAAAUACUAAUGGUGCUAUUGCUUCUGAAAAGCCUACGGUUGAGCAGCUGAAGCUGCCGGCUGGUCGCAAAAUUGGAAAACUAGUGGUUACACGAGGAGGUCGCGUUUAUCUCCGAGCAGGUGGUCACGUCAUGGAUGUAGCUCACACAGCUUCGGAGAACCAGCAUCAGAGCGUCAUAAUGAUUGAGACGGCGAGGGAUGUGCAUGCUAUGCAAAAUGGAUGUGGUCGGUUCGGAGACUCAGCAAUGUACAGAGAUGGUUCGAACGCUGUAUACUACUUAGGGCAAGUACGACAUCAUCUGACCGCAUCCCUCGAUUGGAAGCAACUUCGGCCAGUCGGAAUGGAAGUAUGUGACUUUAUGAUACAGCUCUCAUUAUUCUUUGGGCGAAUGCGCAAUACUCGGCCGGCACAUGUGGAAGCGGCUCAAGCUGUGAUUUGUCUUUGGGGAAGAAAGCAAAGGGGAUAUUGUUUGCGGAGUCUUAGCUGAGC